AAUCGGAGAUAUUGAGAGAGAGAGAGAGAGUUAACUGCAUAUAAUUAGUGCUUAAUUGUAGUUGGGUUUCUGUAUUUACGAAAGGAUUAUCGUAUAAUCAUCAAUCUCUCCUUCAUCACGUCCCCGCAAUUUGGCGGCACCAAAACCGCUGAUCAGUCCUCUCCUCUCCCCCACCCACUACUGCAUCUCUUCUCGCUCUAGGUUUCUUGAAGAAUCUCCAAUCGCCACAGAUACCAGUCAAUCCCUUUUCUUUUCUGGUCUUAUAUAUGUUUUUUGCGACAGAUUGAUUGAUUAACAAAUAAAAUCGAAAUGGGUACUUCUGAUUCUCCUUCAUUCUCUUCCCCUGACCUCCGAUGCUCGGAAGAAGAUGACUUUAUUUUUGGUGACAAAGAAGACCCAUUUGUGGACUUGGUCUCUUGUACUAUUUACGAGAGUGAAGGUCCAUAUUUCCAGACAUUGAUCGAGAAAGAGAGCGUCGUCGUCGUCGUCGAUCCGAAUCACUUUGUAUCUAGAGAUACCGUCACAUCAAACUGGGCCAAGUCUGCUCGUUUGGGUGUCAUCAAAUGGAUUCUCAGUACAAGAUCAUUCUUUGGGUUUCACUUUGGUACAGCUUAUCUAUCAUUGAUAUACUUUGACCAUUUUCUCUCAACUCGGUCUAUUGAGGAAGGGAAAACAUGGGCUGUUGAAUUGUUAUCUGUGGCAUGUCUAUCCUUGGCUGCGAAAAUGGAGGAAAUGAAAACCCCUGGUUUAUCCCAAUUUCAGAUGAAUAACUGCAAGUUUGAAUGGACUGCAAUUCAAAGGAUGGAACUGUUGGUUUUGACUACUUUACAAUGGAAAAUGCAUAGAAUCACUCCAUUUUCUUAUUUACAAUAUUUCAUAACCAUGUUGUAUGUUGGGUCUAGAGAUUCUCGCCUUAAAGAAUUGGUUUCUGUUGCCACUGAACUCAUUUUAGCCUUCACAAGAGAGAUUAAUCUCGUCGAAGUUCCACCAUCAGCUGUUUCCAUGGCAGCAGUCUUGGCUGCUUCUGAUGAUCAACUAACCAGGACAUCGAUGGAGAUGAAAAUGAGCGUCAUUUCACCAUGGAAUCCGAUCAUGCAAGAACAUAUAUAUAGCUGUUACGAUACAAUGCAGAAUAUCAAGAAGGGAAAAUGUAAAACGCCUGAAUCUGUCAUAGUAUCAUCGCAGUCAAAUAAGUACCCGAAUGGAGACUGUAAACGAAGCCUUCCUUUUAUCAACUCAAAUGAAGAACAUUUCCCUUCUCAGCGAAUCCGUCGUUCAUAAUGCACGCUGUUGAUAUGGAUCCAAUCUAGGAUUGAUAUAGUAUUUCAGAUUUUUUUUAAAAUAAUUAUUGAGAAAUUUCUUUAUAGGUAGUGGAUUGAAACUUGAAUUUUUUUAGUAUAUCCCAAUUCAUGGAAUGCUUUUGGGGAUGAAUGGUUUGGUUUUUCCAAUUAAAUUUCAAGCCAAACAAAAGGGUGGGGGGGUCUGGAGGCAGUGACAGCAAAGCAAAUAGUGAAAGGAGAAGUAAAUAGAUAAAGGAGUAGUUAACUUUAACCUGAAUUGAGAAGUAAGAGCCUACAAAAGUCCAAAAGACAUUGAAGGGAUUGAAAGAAGAAGAAGAAGAAGGGCCAAAGGAGAUAUAUAUCCCCCAAUACUAUUUAUCUAUCAAUGGUCAUUCUUUUGCACUAGUGAUCAAUGUUCUACUAAUGCCAACACCAUUUUUCAUUUUUAUGGGUUGGACAUGGUAAAGCCCCAUGAUAUGCUUCCUUUGUCUUUCAAAAGGUUGAAAGACAAAAGAUCUGUAGUAGUAGUGAGAAUGAAGAAAGGAUUAUUAGACUCUCUUGUGCCACAAAAAGGCGUUUGUAAAAGAGAGACGAGUAUGUUUGUAGGGGGCAUAGGUUGCUACCUAUUCUUGAACACUCCAUUAGAUAUGAAUUUUGAGAAACCAAAGAUAUCUUUUUUGUUGGAUUGGUUAGUUUUCAAUUGCUUUUGGAUUAAAUUAUUGAUUGGUGGUGCCCCUGAUUGGGAAUUUUACAAUACAUUUGGUUUCUCUUUAUGCCU